UAUCGUUCACGGAAGCCUAAGCAAGUGCAGGUUGGUACUUCGCAGCUUUCCUCUUCUCUUCGUUUAAGCUUUUCGGCAACCUUCUUAUCUCGCAGGAGGAUGGUACCGAGGGUCCUGCCAAGAAUAUAAGGAACCGAAAAUGCUCCGGGGCUCCUCCGGAUUCUUCUCAGGGGGGACCUUUGACUUCCGUUCCUUCCCAAGGUCCUCAGCGCCGUUCUCGCAGGUCCCUUGACAUGGAUUCUCUAAAUCAUACUAAGCCUUAUAAAGUGGCCUCUCCCCAGCCGGAUCCUUCGGUUACCCAACAACUCAGUCCUCUUUGUGGGGUUGAUCCUCCACGAACUUCUCCGAAUGCUUCCUCGCCGGGAAUUCUUGCGAAUAAGGGUAAACUAAAGGCCCACGAAGAGUUAGAUCCAGCUUAUAUCCCUGAUAUGAAAUUUUUGCGGAAAAUAUUUAUCUCCAUUCGUAGGGAUCCUUCUUUGAGGUCGGCAGCUAUUGAGUCUUUGACCUCUUUCAGCUCUGAGGACUUUAUAACGGAGGAUCAAUCUUUUAUUGAAAAUGCGUCCUUUAAUCUUUCUUCGCAGCAGCAUGCUGCUAUCAUGGAUCUAGAGCGCAACCGCAGUAUGACUCAUCUAGUGGAACUGAAACUGUCUCGUGAAGGGUUGGAGAAAUUUGGUGCUCGCAUCUACCGGCUUACCCAGCAGCUUUCUGAACGAGAGAAGCAGGUGAACGAUCUCCAAAAUAAACUUGAGAAACUCUCUGAACGGGAGAAGCAGAUGGGUGAUCUUCGCAGAUAUGAGCAAGAGAUCAGGAAUCAGAUCUCCCUCCUUUCUCGAGAAAACGGUGAUCUUUCUAAGAAGGUAUCCACCUUAGAAGAGGACGUCAAGCUGCUGAACGAAGAUUGCGAUCAAAUGGAAAAGGAUGCCACUAAUCUUGCUAAACGUAUCCGCAGAAAUGCUCAAGAUGAUAAGGUCCGGUUUUUCAACGAGUUCGGUGAUUCUCGUAGCAUUCCCCUUGAGCCUUUGGACCUUGAGGUGUUCUCUGAUGACGAACCUCAACCUAUUUCCAAUAAGCAACAGUCUUCUUCUGAUGAGGCUACUGAAUCUAACGAGGGUCUUCAUUCAGGAGACGAGUCCUCUUGAUUCAAUGCUGGAUUUUCUCCUUGCAAUUGUAAUAGUUAACUUUUCUUAUUUUAUCUUUCCUGGGCGCUCCCAAGCUUUGGGGGCAGGACAGCUUCCUUUGCAACUGCUACUAUUGUCCUCUUGUAAAUGCCUUUGUAUAGCUAAUAUGGUU